UGUUGCGUUGUGGAGGAGGUUGCUAGGGAAGUGGAGGCUCCGCGGCCGGUGGUUGCUAGCGUGGCAGCGUCAGGUAGCUGCCCCCCCGCUGCCGGCUCUGGACCUGGCCCUGCGGCGUAGCAGACUACGACGUUCAGGAGAAAUACCAGUCGCAGCUGCCGCCUGACCUGGGAGGGUAGGGAGGGCCCAAGCCGCUGAAACAAGGCUGCGAAGGUUUUUCGGCCGCCCAGUCGCGACUCUAAUUUAAUAUGCGGAGCGGGGACUCUUCCAGUUUGCCCCACAUACUACCAGGUGCAGCCAUUGCUCUGUGGCAGAGUCAUGGGCGCGCCCCCUACUACUGACUGACCUCCCAGGAAUUCAGCCUUCCUGGAUUCUCCCAAGGGGAGCUGCUCCAAAGGAAGAGGAAUCAUCCAUCCUGCCUGUGCUAUUGGAUGAAUGGAAAACUCUGAUUUAAACAAAGUACUAACAAGGAAUUGUCCUUGAUUUCUGUACUUCGUAGCAUUCCUCAGAAUUCUUUUUACAUCUUUUCUUACUGUAAAAACUGCAUUUAAGUUAGAAAAUGAAGCAAUUGAAAAGGAAAAGGAAAAGCAAUUUCAGUGUACAAGAAACUCAGACCCUUUUGAAAGAAAUUACAAAAAGGAAAGAAGUCAUUUUUUCCAAGCAGCUCAAUACAACAAUUAAUGUGAUGAAGCGAAUGGCUUGGGAGGAGAUUGCACAGUGUGUGAAUGCUGUAGGAGAAGGAGAACAGAGAACAGGGACAGAAGUGAAAAGGAGGUACCUUGACUGGCGAGCACUUAUGAAGAGAAAGAGGAUGAAGGCGAACAUUAAGCUAGUUGGUUCGGGGUUUCCCCUUCCCACAUCCGAUUUAGAUGAUUCUCUCACUGAAGAGAUAGAUGAAAAGAUUGGAUUCCGAAAUGAUACAAAUUUUGAUUGGCAAAAUGUGGCAGAUUUCAGGGAUGCAGGUGGAUCCUUAACUGAGGUCAAAGUGGAAGAGGAAGAAAGAGAUCCACAGAGUCCUGAAUUUGAGAUUGAAGAGGAAGAAGAAAUGUUGUCAUCAGUCAUACCAGAUUCCAGGAGGGAAAGUGAACUUCCUGAUUUCCCCCACAUUGAUGAGUUUUUUACUCUGAAUUCAACACCAUCUAGGUCUGCAUAUGAUGAGCCCCAUUUGCUUGUAAACAUAGAGAAACAGAAACUAGAAUUGGAAAAACGACGGCUUGAUAUUGAGGCUGAAAGACUGCAGGUAGAGAAGGAACGCCUACAGAUUGAGAAAGAGAGGCUGCGACAGUUAGACAUGGAGCAUGAGCGGCUUCAGCUGGAGAAGGAGCGGCUGCAGAUUGAAAGAGAGAGGUUGAGGUUACAGAUAGUCACCUCAGAGAAACCAUCUUUGGAAAAUGAACUUGGUCAAGGAGAAAAGUCCGUAUACCAACCACAGGAUAUAGAAACAGAGAAGUUAAAACUUGAGAGAGAACGCUUGCAACUAGAAAAAGAUAGGCUGCAGUUUUUAAAAUUUGAAUCAGAGAAGCUGCAGAUUGAAAAGGAGCGCUUACAAGUAGAGAAAGAGAGACUACGAAUGCAGAAGGAAGGACACUUGCAGUGAUCUAUCUAGAUCUCCAUUUAUCAAUCGUUUGUAAACCAUAGGCUUAGAUAAUAUAAAAACGGUAGCAGGAUUAGCUGUAUUUUUUUUUUUCCUGUUUAGUAUUAGUAUUUUCAGGGCUUCCCUGGUGGCGCAGUGGUUGAGAGUCCACCUGCCGAUGCAGGGGACACGGGUUUGUGCCCCGGUCCGGGAAGAUCCCACAUGCCGCAGAGCGGCUGGGCCCGUGAGCCAUGGCCGCUGAUCCUGCGCGUCCGGAGCUUGUGCUCCACAAUGGGAGAGGCCACAACAGUGAGAGGCCUGCGUACCGCAAAAAAAAAAAAAAAAAUUGGUGUUUUCAAUAGGAAAAAGAUAGUUAUUUUGAUGCUCAGUGAUGAGGGUUGAGGUUGUGAAGCCUGGAAAAGAGCUUUAUCAUGGAUUUGUUUUAAUGGCGAUGGCAGGAGUUCAAGAGCGAAAGAAGUGAUUCUCAAAGUGUCUUGAGGUCAAGGCUCAGGACUGGCACUUCACUUCUGCUGCACGAUACUGGCCAAAAACAAAUCAUCGGGUCAGACCAGAGUUGACAGGGACAAAGCAUCUAUGGAACCAGUCCAGAAAAAGGGUUCUCAUCGUUCAGACCUUCUUGUUGUACAACUAAAAGCCUGGCAGCUGGUGUUCAUCUUUCCUUUUCAAGGCUCAGGGCUUCCCUGGUGGCACAGUGGUUAAGAAUCCGCCUGCCAAUGCAGGGGACACAGGUUUGAGCUCUGGUCCGGGAAGAUCCCACAUGCCGUGAAGCAACUAAGCCCAUGUGCCCCAACUACUGAGCCUGUGCUCUAGAACCUGAGAGCCACAACUACUGAGCCCGUGUGCUGCAACUACUGAAGCCUGUGUGCCUAGAACCUGUGCUCCACAACAAGAGAAGCUACCACAAUGAGAAGCCCACGCAUCGCAACGAAGAGUAGCCCCCGCUCACCACAACUAGAGAAAGCCUGCGCACAGCGAUGAAGACCCAACACAGCCAAAAAUAAAAUAAAUUAAUUUUAAAAAUAAUUUUUAAAAAUUCAUGCAAAACUCUUGAUAAACAAAAUAUGAAAUUUUGAAAACUUAAAAAUUGACAUAGUAAAACAAAUGGUACCUUGCUACCUUGCAAAAGAAGUUUCAGUAAGCUGAAGUUAAUUAAAAAUUAUUGAAGAUGUUUACUUAUUUUAAAAAAGUGUCAAAAAUGUCAAUUCUCUCAAUUGAAAAGAAGAUAAAGAAGUUAAUUUUGAAAGUACUAUGAGUUUGUUUGAUUAAAGCCAAGAAAGUAAAAACGUGAUACAGGGGCUUCCCUGGUGGCGCAGUGGUUGGGAGUCCGCCUGCUGAUGCAGGGGACACAGGUUUGUGCCCUGGUCUGGGAAGAUCCCGCAUGCCGCGGAGCGGCUGGGCCCGUGAGCCAAGGCUGCUGAGCCUGCGCAUCCGGAGCCUGUGCUUCACAACAGGAGAGGCCACAACAGUUAGAGGCCCACGUACAGCAAAAAAAAAAAAAAAAAAAGGUAAUACAUUUUGUUUUGAUAUAAAUAAAAUAUUUAAACCUAAAAUAAUAUUGUUGGUUUAAUACAUCUAUUUUUUAAAUUUUCAAUAUUUUUUCAACUACCUUAAUAUUCUAUAAUAAAAGCUAACCAUUACAAACAAAAAACUUACAUAGGGACAUUUUUUCUUUUACUUCACAGUCUCAUAUGGCUUGACAUGGAGCUCUCUGAAUAUUAUCUUUGUUUAAAAUUUUGAUGUUUUAUCAAAAUGUUUUGUAGCAAUUUUGAUUUUUAAAAGAAUAUUGCAAUAAAAUAUUAUUUAACUUGA